AUGGUUAGAAUUAUUACAAGAAGAUCAAGUCAAUUACAAAAAAGAAACAGAAUUCAAAUUAUAAAUCUUAAACAAGCUCUCUGUGGUUCAUCAAAUAAAUCAUCCAAAGAUACAAUCAUUAGAAAAAAAGUUUUAAAAUCUAAAGAUAUUCCAAAAGUAAAGAAAGAAUCCAAUACAACCCCUGCUAAAAGUAAUAUCAUUACACGUUCAAGUAAAUUAUAUCAAUUAAAUGUAAAAAAAGAACCACAACAAAAUAAUAAGAUAAAUUUAAAACAAGAAGUUUUAAUUAUUACCCGUUCAAAUAUUAUAAAAAAUAUAGAGUUUAUUAAUAAUUAUAAUAAACUUUCUAAAUAUAAAUUAUAA